AUGUCGUACACAAGUAAAUCCGUUCAACAGCCGACAACUGCAGCCGUAGCCGAACCGGGCCCUGAUUGGCCAAUUGCGAAGAAAAUUUGGGGCUUGGCAUGGGAGCUACACUGGGUUGGGUUCGGUAUCUUGUUUGGCUUGGUGGCCGUUCAUUCCUUCGUUGCCAUAGUGAUGGUGAAUCAUAGGAGAGGAUUCGCUCGCAAGCCAUUGUUUGUGGCCAUAAACGUGAUGCUCCUUGUGCUCGGAUUAACCAGAUCCGUGUAUUUAUUGUUAGAUCCGUACGAAUCCAGAGAAAAUGGCGUGCAGGAUCCACAGUGGAUGACACUACUUCUCUUUGGAAUCGCUUUUCCAUGUCUAACUUCCUCGUUUUGUUUGAUACAUCUGACUUUUCUGGAGGUUACUAAGCUGAAAGUUGGUCCAAACAAGCUGCAGAAUGUGAAAUUUAUCUCUGUUGUCAUUGUCAUCCACUUCAUCAUUGUAUUGGUCGCAGAGACCUCCGCCUCCAUGAAGCCAGAACUGGACCCCCUGUUGAUCGUGUGCCAGUCUUUCUUCAUUCUCUGGGGCUUACUGCUUUCUGGUAGCUUCAUCUACAGCGGAUGCAAAGUUAUCAGGCGAGUGGAAAACGUUCACGAGCAACUGAAUUCGAUUGAGAAAAACGAGCGACUGCGAAACAAGAAAGUAAAGUCUGGCACAACUAAAGUGGCUAAGAUAACCAUUGGCACGAGCAUCCUGGGAAUUGCUGUUUGUGCGUUGAAUUUCUAUUCCUUGGUGGGCGUAUACGGUUUGUACAGCAAAGUCGUUCAUCCCUCUCCUUGGCCCUGGCUAGCUUUUCAAUCGGGCUUUCGCCUCGUUGAGCUUGCCAUGGCAGGCACGAUAGCCUACAGUGUGAUGCAAAGGGAAGGUGGAAACAAGAAAGACAACGCUGUGAGUGGGACCGAGGGAGUGAAUUUGUCCUCAAGAAUUAAGCCACAAUAGAAUGCAGUACUCUCAUUUGAGCGUAUACAGGGGCGUAACGAGGAUUUUUUCAAGGAGGGGGGGUCACACCGUGUAACAGGGGGUUCUCACCAGAUUGUCAUGUCGACCUUCACUCCGUGUUUUACUUAAAAAAGACUUUCAAAUGAGAGGGGGGGGGAGUGGGUCACGGAUACCCCAGGCCCCCCCUCCCCUACCUACGCCCUUGGGUCAUGAAUUCAAAUGGAAAAUGGUUUCCAAUCAUUAAUUGUUGCCCAAAAUGGGUUGUCCAAAUACUGCACCAAGUGAACCAUGUUGAAAUUCCACAUGAUAAACAUGACACGACACGACACGACAUGACAUGACAUUGUGAUAUUGCUUGGUGAGAAAUCAUGCAAUGCAAUAUAACUCGAAAUCACAAAACAUUGCAUCGAAAUAUAUCACUGAAAAUUUCUACUUUGGUACCUAAACUAAUGAAAUAAUGUGAGGAUAAACCGAGACUUCUACUGGUUUUUACAAGGCUGGCAAAGAAAAGAUGAACCGACACUGUACAAAGCUCACGUAGCUCUACUCCUGGAGUUAUGUUGUUUUUUACGUAAAUAGAAGCUACGCUCAGAAGACAAAGUAACUGCAUUGAACUCACGUUAGGAGGUUAAUCUUUUUCGGUAAGCAAUGACACUAGCAACAUUAGUUGAACUAUAUGCGUGUCCAACAACUGCAGGCAAACUGGUCAACCGAGACAGUAACUAAAAGCUAAGUAGAGGCAACGGGGAAGGCAGGCGACUAGUUUUUGCCCCUCCCACACGCUUUUUCGAUCAUCUCUUUAUAGGUUAGCACAGGUUAAUAAAACUACCACUAAAAACAAAUUAAAACUAACACAUUUCUGAGCUUUUUCGAAAGGGCACCCUGUAAUAGUUAAGUAAUCGCUUAAGGCCUUCAAUAAAAACAUUCUAGAACACUAAAGCUCUAGCUCUCUCUCUCUUACUCACUCAGUCCUUUGGGAUACCUUUCCACAACAGAAUUAUCUCUUUGUUCCAAAUGGAAAGUGGUUCAUUUAUUAGAAUAACAUCACGCAAGAAGAAAUGCGUGGGUUGAAUAUCUAAGAAAUGGAUUCCAUUCGCAUGAGAGGCACCUAAGAUCGAUCCGUAUCCGCUGACUGGACAUGCAGAUUGUGCUGUCAAUUUGAAGCGCAUGUUAGCGCUGACAUAAGCGAUCAUGUGUUGAGUAAAAAAUAUACCGAUUGCUAAAUUAAAACUGACUGUUGACUUGGAAAAAGAUAUUUUAUCUACAAAAUAUUUGUUCAUUGCUGAUAAUAAUUGUUCAUUGCUUUAUUUUCUCGUAUUGAAGUGUUGAAGUUGCUUCUCCUCCGUUGCAGCAUCGAUCAUUUCAGUAAGUUGCCCUUUCGUGUCUUCUUCCUCUGAAAAGCAUUUCUCUCCGGUCGUAAAGAAAAAACCCUGAAAUUCCCUCUCGUCUUUGCCUCCGCCUUCUAUAACCACAUCCCUUUUCUCACUGUCCUUCAAUACUGCCUUUUCUAUCGAGGAUUUUGUUGAGACUUCCGGUGAAAGCGACGUCGAAAUCAAUUUUGGGCUCUUAUGUUUGUCUGUGGAAACACUGAGUAACGGUCGUUUAAGUUAGCCCGCAAAGGCCGUCAAAAAUUACAUUAAGCAAAGCAAAUACAGAAUUCUAAGUCCACAACUAAGUAAAUUGUGCAUGUAAGCCACAACAAACUAAUUCAUCAGCUUAAUACAUUCAUACGAAUACAGGCUUAACACUGGAUUCUUCCGCUAAUAUUUCUAAUCUGCAUCAUCGAAGAGAAGUACAGGUAGGAUGGUUAAAAUAGCUCCUAUAUCACAUAUUAUGUAUUUAUUUUCCAUAAAAUUCUGAACCGAUCAUCGUUUGAGUGAGAGUAACACUUUAUAUGUACGAAACGAUUAAGAUUUUAACUCUAAACCCACACGAACGCUUUUGAAGUUGUUGAUUCUAGUAAAGCCUAGCUCGUGAAAGAGUUUCCUGUAGCUAAUUUCGUACUUUAGCCGAACGUGAGAUCAUUCGAAAUUGUUGUGGGUGGAAUCCCCACAGGGAAGCUGGCAACAUUCUUUGAGUCUUACUUUCCUGUCAGAUGUUAUAACUUUAUGCGCCUAGAGUCCAGAAAUCAUCUUUUACUUUAAGAUGUACAAAAGUAUGUCAUUUCAUAGAAUCUCAAAUAUUUUUCAGAAAUUACCAAAGAUUUAUCUUUUUAAGCAUAAUUUCGGCCAAUUAGUUUCUUUGCUCGAACUGUUGCCAUGGUUGCUAUUUCUUCAUAAUCUACUGGCCCCUCGUAAAAUACUAAACCUGCAGAGUCUUAGAUACGAAUGGAACAUUUGGUUAAGUUAUUGUGAGAUUCUGCUGUGUAGCAAUUAAGGAUUCCAGACUAUUCCGCUAGUACGUGAUGAGCCAUAUCAUUUUUGACACGAGAGUCAAUCAUCUUAUUUGACACAAUUUAGUCGUGUACUUUAAACGCAAAAUAUGUCAACCAGCGUACCUUACGAAGAAGAACCUUCCAUUAAAUUUCUGUUGGAAGAAUAGCUUUUGACUCCUCGUCUUAAUUUUAAGACGCAAUUCAAAACUGAGCGGUCAUAAUUUGACGAAAGUUUCAUUUACUAAAUUACAUUUGACAUGGCACCUGUUCCGAGAAAUUUGACUUUUUGAAUAUCGUAUGUGGUAAUGAGUUUUUGCUAGAAAAUGACUCUUUCUACGAUUUGAAAUCACACUGUGACUUGAGAGAUAAGAUUUAACUUAAUUGAAAUGUUUCAGCAUCGUUUAAAAUAAACAUGAACAAGGUUUCAAGCCAUCAGAAGUGCAACUGCUGCUGCUGUUUUGGCUUGUUCAGAGGUAUAUUGGAAAAGUCGUUUCAGGAAAAUUCUACAACAGUUAAGAAUUUUUUAAGUAGUUUCUUAGCUUUGUUAUUGCAUGUGAUUGUAACAUGCAAUGCGAAAAUUAAUGAUUGUAACUCUCCCACUGAAAAACGUUAUAUUGCAUGACAGUCAAGUGAGACGUGAGGCGAAUUGAUUAAGCAGGGAACAAAGUUGAUAGGUAAUGGGGCGAAGACAGUGGGUCAAUAUCAAAAUAAAUGUCGUGUCUUUUUGUUUUUGCAUAACAAAGACUGAAGUCUUGAAAAUCUAGUUAGCUGGUUCAUUGUCACCUCUUUUCCUUGUUUCCCCGCCCUAAAUUGUUAAAGUAAUAAUGCAUUUUCUUGGAAGAGAUAUCCUACAUAGGCCGUGAAAUAUUCAAUUGAAAUGCGAAACCAUUUGUCUUUAUGCUUUAUUCAUGGCCUACAUCCCAUGAUGCUUCAUCCCAUCAAAAUCCCGGUGGGGAAGAAAUGUGAUUAAAAUAGGAACUGACUCACCUGGUAAAUGAUAUCAUUAACCUAAAUAACAACCACUCUGUCAGCUGGUUUCUCUUUGGAAACGUCAGAGUCGCAGAACUUUGAUGGUUGGUAAGUGUAGAGGAGAACUCAGACAGUUUCUGUAUUCUUCGGAUUCAUUUGCUCAUAGACGGCGGUUCUUGUGGGGACAAAAUUGCACUUGAGGUAAAUGGAAAAAAAUUUUUCUGAUUAGACUCACCUUUCCUGUAAUCCUCCGAAUUACGGUGGAAAAAUUGAGAAAAACUUCUUGUUCACAGUUGAGGCAAAUCAGCUCUCACUGCAGUGUACAAACGGCUGAGAGCAGCCAGCAAGAGGUUCAAGGUUUGCCAUUUGCUGUUACCAUGAACAUCAUGCUAAACUUUGCUAUUGGUCAUUUUUUGAGCCUCUGAAAAACUUUUUAAGAUAAAGAAAGAUAGGCAUUUCUAGAACAUGAAGGAAAGAGGAUAGGUAAGCGUAACUAAGAUUACAACGAAGUGCAAUUGAGAAAAGCUCUUUAAAGAUGCGAGUUCUUUGCCGAGAGAAAAUCACGGAUCUUCACCCAAAAUCUGCAAUUUUUUACUUUGACUUAUUAGAAUGCUGACUGAAAACAUAGCUUUUCUGUAACAUGAGUCUAAUUCGUGUUAAAAGAUAUUAGUAUUUCUUUGAUGCAGCGUCAAGAUCGGCAUGAUUCAUGCAGUAUGAAAUACUGCUCUGAAUCAAUUAAAAAUCUUUCUUCUUAAGGAACCGUUUCUCGAAGAUCAUGCUGGGGAAGUAUCCGGACGUUAUUUUGCUUAGAUAAAAUGCCGUGAAAAUUGGAUGACGAAUUUUUUUCACCUGCUUGUGGCUGAAGAUAUCCGCCUUUUGAAAACGCUGCAUCAUGCUCUCUUAACAAUUGAGGAACCAACGUCAUGCGGUUUGGGCAAACACUUGAAGUUUGUCCGAUUUGCGAGUACUCAAUCUUUUUUAUCCCCGCAGAAUUCUUUUUCUGUAUUGGUAUUACUGUCCUAUUUUGGUGUUUUUCUACCCAAUCAAACAAGAAUUUUCCGACUGGCUUCACGUUGAAGAUAAUGCCAAUCAGCACCUUACAGCAACAACUCUUAAUGCUGUGAAGAAGCAGGAAAUCAUUUCUAGACGCCCAAACUGUGCUACUUUUAGACACUUCCUUGCGUCCGUUAUAUUUGAAAUUUCUGCAAGUUCACGCAAAAAUACUUGCUAUCCCAACUGCCCUUGAGUCAGUUACGAUUUUUAAUUACGAUAUAUUAGACGAUAUAUUAGAUUCUGGUUUAUUUUUUUUCGGUUUGAGUGGACUCCUUCAAAGUUCAAUAAAAAAUAAUAUAUUCUCUUAGGUGAUGUCAAAUUCCACAGUAACAAACAAUCCCAGAAAGUUGCCCACGGAAGCCUUGCCUGAACCGGGUCCUGAUUGGCCAGUUGCGCGGGAAAUUUGGGGUCAGGCAUGGGAACUACACUGGAUUGGGUUUGGAAUCCUAUUUGGCCUCCUCGCCAUUCAUGCAUUUAUUGCUGUAGCCUUCGCUAACCGCAGAAAAGGAUUUGGCUCAAAGCCUUUGUUCCUUGCCAUCAACCUGUUGCUGUUCGGUCUGGGAUCUACUAGAUCUGCGUAUCUGUUGUUAGAUCCUUACGAGUCGAGACAAAAUGGUAUCGAAGAUCCAAAAUGGCUGACACUACUUCUUUUUGGAGUUGCUUACCCUUGCCUAACAUCAGCAUUUUCUCUAAUUCAUCUGGCUUUUCUUGAAGUCACUAAAAUGCAGAUCGUCCCAAACAAGUUGCAGAAUGUGAAAUUUUUAUCUGCUGUCAUUGUUCUACAUUUUAUCAUUGUCUUCACCGCAGAGACAUCAGCGUCCAUAAAACCGGAACUGGAUCCUCUCCUGAUCGUGUGCCAAUCAUUCUUCAUUAUCUGGGGUUUGUUUCUAUCCGGUAGCUUCAUCUAUAGUGGAUGCCGAGUCAUGAACAGCGUAGAGAAUGUUCAGCGGCAACUUAUUGCCAUGGAGAGAAGUGUACGUCCUUCAUUGAAUACGACAAGCAAGGCCAGCACAACAAAAGUGGCUAAGAUUACACUUGGUACCAGUUUCCUAGGCCUUGCAGUGUGUGGGCUGCAGUUCUAUUCUAUGUUAGGUGUUUACAGUAUGUACAGCAAAGUCGUCCAUCCUUCUCCCUGGCCGUGGCUGGCUUUUCAGUCGAGCUUUCGCUUGGUAGAGCUUGCCAUGGCAGGUACGAUAGCUUACAGUGCAAUGCAAACAGAAAGAGGGAAAACAAGGAUCAACAAUUGGGCUGAGCGACGAGUUAUAUCGACGGCAAUGACAAAACCAUCGCUUGUCCCAGUGGAGCUCGCCGCUACCAACGCAGUAGCUGCUGUUUAA